AUGGAUGAUACUACAAAUAAAAGGCUAUCCGAGCUCUCAGAAGUCUCUGGAAGAUACAAGGGCGAAGUUUUGAGAAAUUUUCAAAAUAUUCCAGACCGAGAUCGAGCAGAUGCCUCGCCCGCCGACGAAAAAGUUGUUUAUCCGAGCGCUUUGAAAGCGAGUAUAAUCGUUUCUGGAUUGUUUCUCGCCUCAUUUCUUGUUGCACUCGACCAGACCAUCAUCAGCACAGCCAUUCCAAAAAUCACAGAUCAAUUUAAGUCUGUCACGGAUGUCGGUUGGUAUGGAAGUGCCUAUUUCUUGACUUCAACUGGUUUGCAGCCCACUUUUGGUAGGAUUUACAAGAUUUUUAACAUCAAAUGGUCGUUUCUGGCGGCAAUCUUUGUCUUUGAGGUGGGAUCGUUGAUGUGUGCCGUUGCGCCAAACAGCCCUACCCUUGUUGGCGGUCGAGCCGUCGCAGGUUGCGGCGUCGCAGGUAUUUUCUCUGGUGCACUGGUCAUUAUUUCUCGUACUGUACCUUUGCGCAAACGGCCUAUGGUACUCGGACUGUUCGGUGCUGUUUGGGGCAUUGCCUCUGUCGCUGGUCCAUUGCUCGGUGGCGCUUUCACUGACAGUGUAACUUGGAGAUGGUGUUUCUAUAUCAAUUUACCCAUCGGCGGUCUUGCAACCGGGAUCAUCGCCCUGAUCCUCCACAUACCUCCACAGGCGGACGAUAAAAGCAAUAAAACAAAGCUACAGAAAGUCAUGGAUCUAGAUCUAAUUGGAUUUGCUUUACUCUUGUCAGCUGUUGUAUGUUUGUUACUUGCCCUUCAAUGGGGUGGUAACACCUAUGCAUGGAACAGUUCACACAUUAUCGGUCUAAUUGUUGGCGCCGUCCUAAUUGCGUGUGUAUUCGCAUUUUCACAAUGGAGACUUGGUGACAAAGCAACCCUUCCGCCCCGUAUCCUCAAAAUUCGAACCAUCUGGGCAUGCUGUCUAUUUAUUGUGACAUUUAAUGGUGCAUUCUUGCUUCUAAUGUACUACUUGCCGAUCUACUUCCAAUCUGUGAAGGGGGAUUCCGCAACAAAGUCAGGUAUUGAUCUACUACCCAUCCUCUUGGGUGUAGUUGUGUUCUCAAUCUUGAGCGGUGGUCUCAUUACUACAUUCGGAUUCUACGGUCCUUUCAUUCUUGGCAGCUCCAUCGUUUUUGCCGUUGGUUGUGGUCUUCUUACAACCUUCACCACAUCGUCAGGGAGUGGUAAAUGGAUUGGCUAUCAAGUUAUAGCUGGUGCCGGCCAAGGUGCUGGUUUCCAGAUUCCCAUGACAGCCAUGCAGACAGUGUUGGGGCAAGCGGAUAUUCCUUUCGGCUCGGCCAUAAUCAUGUUCUUCCAGAGUCUUGGUGGAGCAAUCUUCAUUUCUGUCGGUCAGUCUGUUUUCCAGAACGGAUUAAAGAGCUACCUCACAACCCACGCGCCGGAUAUUGAUCCAGCCGUCAUUAUUAGUGCAGGUGCGACAGAAGUCCAGUCCGCUCUUGAAAAACUCGGAAAGCUCAACGAACUUCCAAUCGUUAAAGAAGCAUACAUGUCUGGACUAGUCAACUCCUACAGAGCUGCUUUGGCUCUGGCAUGUCUUGGUUUUGUGGCGGGKUUGUUCGUUGAAUGGAGGAAAGUCAAAAAGGACAACGAAGGUGGUGAGCCGGCCAUUGCACUUGGCUAA